AUGUCUUCUGUCGAGAACAAAAGUGAUGGUUCUCAGAAUUUCGAAGAAGGACAAGAGACUUGGGCCCAAAAUACUCCCCGAGCCGCUGCCAACGUUGCCACACCUCCAGCAGGAAAAUUUCCGAUGCUUAACGGAACCAAUGUACAUUUCGAAUCGCCAAAGGUGCCUGUUAUAUUCGUUUUGGGUGGUCCAGGAAGCGGUAAGGUGACCCAUUGUGAUAAUCUAAUGCAGGAGAAAAAGGGGGUUACCCAUAUCAACAUGACCGAUCUUCUGCAACAGUAUGCAAUAGGAAAUGAUAUGCCAGAUUUUGGUCUUCUUUCCAGCAAGACUGUCACAGAAGUUCUCAUGUUAGAAAUGAAGAUGGCCCCCAAUGCUAAAACCUACCUUGUAUCAGGAUAUCCACGAAAUAUGCGAGACGUUGUAGAAUACUCAGAAAAGAUUCAGACUGUACAAGGUGUUAUCCUGAUAUCAUGGAGGCAAAAAGUUUUAGAACGACAAAUAGAUUAUGGUGCCAAAUUAGGUCAAGUUGUUUUAUCCUUAGCUCGUAUGGAACUCAAUAAUUUUUAUCGAAAUGUUUUACCUGUGGCCGAGUACUUCGACCAAAGCAAUAUGUUGAUAUCGAUAAAUGGUGAACGGGUACCAGCAGACGUUUAUCAAGAUUUCAGAGAUGCGGUUAUCCGAAUUCUAGGAAUGCAAGAUAAUCCUCCAGUUUUCGCUAAUGGGAAAGUUGCCCCCGUUCCUGACGAUGUAGUUUCGACUGAACUUCCACUUGUGAUACUUAAUAACGCAUUUUUUUUCACAUACGCAGGAGAAAAAAUUCGUGUUUGCAAAUCUUUCUUUAUGGCAACUCUUUGCAUUAACUCUCAAGUAAUUGAGACCAUUUUACGCAAACAAAAUAAUGAAGUAAAUGGAAUAAUACAGGCAGAUAAUCGAGGUAGACAUGAAAAACAUAGUGUUCCUGAGGAGUUGAAAGAAGAAGUGCGUAGUCAUAUUGAUCUAUUCCUUGAAUGGAGAGCCACUACUGCCGAUCUCAAUCAAAGAAAUAAUACAUUGAAGGAGGAAAAACUAUUGCCGACCUGCACAGAGAUUAUGAGCAGCGUUGGUUUUAUUAAUGCCUCCGAGGUAGAAAAACAAGAACUUCAGGAACAGUACAAUAACCAUAUUGAAGACAAAGAACUGGCAAGAAAAGAGAAGGACAUGGAUAAAAAUUCUCCGGAUAAAAUUGACGCUGUUUAUGAUAUGCAGGCAGCAUUGCCAUGUCCACAAGGGGACUCGUCUUCUUUUUAUUAUGUAUCAAAACUAAGUGUGUAUAAUUUAACAUUGUACGAGCUUAAAAGUACGGACGAAAUGUACUUUAUGUGGCACGAAGGUCUUGCUCACAGAGGUGCAAAUGAAGUGGGUUCGUGCGUUUGGAAUUAUUUGAAGUCUGUGAACGACAAAAAUAGUGAAAUGAACGUUUACGCACCAGAUAAAUAUGUAACAUUGGUUAGACAAGCAAAGAAGCAUGGAAAUCCAUUCAACGUACAUGAAAUGGGUCAUGAGAAUUUUUUUGAUCUAAAACAACUAUCAAGUGAUAUGGGCAUAAAGGAUUCUUUUAAGACGGAAGGAGAUGGGUCAGUCCCUCUCUCAGGAAUAUGCGUUUUAAAAGUUACCAAAGAAAAUCCUAGUCACAUGCUAUAUAAAAUGUCGUACAAAGAACAGGAAUUUAAAACCAUAAACGUUCUUCAAAGCAAACGACGACUUCCAUCAGCACGUGACGUUACUCUAAAACAAGCUUACAAGAAGAAACCUGUUGCAUCAACAACUCAAAUGACGUCCAUUCCUCACUCAGAACGGCUCCAAAAAUCUCCAGAGCGACCAAAAACCAGAGUAAUAUCAGUGAACCCAAGCACUCCGAACUUCAGAUCUCCUACCAAAGCAUACCCUCCAGUAUUAUGGGUGAUAGGAGGACCAGGAAGCAACAAAGCAGCUUUGUGUGCAAGCGUGGCAAACGAGACUGGUUGGCAGCAUGUUAGUCUGGGCAAGAUCUUAAGGACUUUGGCUGAUCAACCCGACGCAAAAAAGAAUAAGGAAGUUGCUAAGUUAAGGGAAUGCAUUAGUAAUGGUGAGCUGGUGCCACAAGAGUUUAUUAUGAGGCAAGUGGAGAAGGUAAUGGCGGAUAAUAUGGAGAAGGACGGAUUGAUUCUGGAUGGUUAUCCGAGGGAUAUGGCGCAAGUUGCGGAGUUUGAAGCUAGGUACAAACAAAAACCGGCAGUUAUUCUACUAGAUUGCUCAAAAUUACAACUAGGAAGAGGACGUUUAGAUGACAGCGUCACAGCGUUUAGAAGGAGGUUAGAAAUUUUUCGCCAAUCAUCUCUGCCGAUGUUGAGAGCUAUGGAUAGUAUAGGAAGGUUAACAAUUGUUGAUGGCGACACAGAUACUCCCUCAGUGCAAGCGGAUUUUAGAAACGUCGUCAAAGAACACAUCGAGUACCUGAAGACCCAGUCUCAAGAAACAUCCAUGGCUACCCAAAACGGCUAUGUCGCUAAUGGACAUAUCCCCAAUGGCCACGCCAUAUCCAACGGCCAUAUCCCACAAGACACCCAAGUCCAAGACCUCGAUGACGAGCCCAUAGACACUAUCAGUAAACAAGUGAGUAAUGGUGUGAACCAUAUGGCAAAUGGCAGUGUAAAGACACAUACGAAUGGUUUUAUUAGUAAUGGGGUGGGACCCUACAACCAUGCGCACGAAAUUGAAGGACAUAUUUAAAUAUGUAGCAUUAUUGUACAAUAUAUAGGUAUAGAUCAGUAUUUUAAAAAGUUGUAAUCUAAUAAAAGUGGAUGUUAUGUAAAUCGAAUAUAAAUUUAAAGUAAAAUUGUAUCGCAGGUAAAUAUUAAGAAACAUAAAUAGCAAGCCUAAAACCCCAUUAUUUUAUAUAGGUAUCAUCAUCAUCAACCCGUACGCGUCCACUGCUGGACAUAUGUCUCCCUCAGCUCUUUCCAUCUCUCUCUGUUUUGUGCGGCUUGCAUCCAGUUACCGAUAACAUGCUUCAGAUCGUCGGCCCAUCUGGUCGGUGGGCGUCCUCUGCUCCGUAGUGCUUCUUCUCGUGGCCUCCACUCCACAAUACGUUUUGUCCAUCGGUUGUCUAACAAUCUGGCGAUAUGUCCUGUCCCAUUUUUUCGACAGCGUCUGUUGCUUUUGUUCUAGGGCGUAUUUCUUCGUUAGGGAUUGGGUCUCUCAGGGAGACACUCAGCAUCUGGCGAUCUAUAGCCCUCUGAGUUACGUGAAUCUUGUUCACUAACUUUUGUAUGUGUGUUAAUGUUUCAGCUCCAUAAGUGAGUACAGGCAAUACACACUGGUCAAAGAUUUUCCUUUUGAGGCAUAUGAGUAAGUCCGAUUUAAGUACAUAGUGUUCAGUUUACCAAACGCUGCCCAGGCUAAUCCUAUUGGACGUGGGAGCUCGCACUUCUGGUUAUCUC